AUGUCAAAAUAUAGUUUUCCAAUAUUAGAAGAUGAUGAAAUAAUAACAAGUCUUGAUGAAAUGGGACAUAGAUUUACAAUGGAAGAAUUAAAUCGACCGACAUCAGCAAUGAUAAGAGAAUUUUGUGAAAAUAUUUUAGUUACAUUUACAGGCUAUAAUAAAUCAACGAGUCAUCAUCCCAGUCAAUAUGGUAUGGAUAAGUUAACACAAGGUAUUGAACUAUUUACACAAGAUGGAGCCAUUGGAGAGAUAACAUUCCUUAGAGCAAUGUCAAAUCUGAUGAAAGUGGUCGGACUAUUCGAUUUCACCUAUAAAGAUAUCUACAAUCCAAAAGCGGCAAGAGUAAAGAAAAUCUUUAGUGGCAUAAUUAACCUUGGCAAAUUUAUGGAACUAAAGAUAUCGAUCUACUCUGAUCUCGAUAAAUUAAAUAAAUCAAAUUGUGAAAAACGUGAUAUCACACUUGGAAAAGAACAAAAACUAUUGGAAGAAUUGGAGAAUAAAAGGAUGAAAAAGCACGAAAAGGACCUCAUUGUAAAUGGAUUGAUAGAACAACACCAACAAGACGAUCAGCGUUUAAAACAAGCCAAUCAUUAUCAAAAUGAGCAAUGUAAAAUCAUCUUGAAUAAAACUAAUAAAAACGAAUCAAUCAAGCAGGAAAUCCUUAAUUUAAUCUCCUCCAUUGAGAAUACGAUUGAGGAGUGCGCGAGAAUGCAAGUAUUGAUAGUACCAUCACCCGAUAAAAUUAAAAAGGUGCUAUAUGAUAUGAAACAGAAAUUGGCACUUAAAAAAGAGGGUUUGAAGGAAUUUGAACCCUCAAUGUCAAAACUUCAAAAUAAAUCCAAACAAUUGGAAAAAAUAAAUAAAAAUAUUCGCACCACUCUUGAAUUGGUUGAGACUUAUCAAAAGGAGAAUAAACUGUACAAGUCCACUAAAAAACUCUCAAAAGAGGCUACUAAAGUUAACCAAGAUCAAAAUAGACAAAUCAAUGAAUUGGAUAUAGAUAUUAGAAAGUUUAAUGAUGAUCUACUAUCACUCGAUGAAUCACUUAAAAAGAAUAGGGAUAACUAUAUAACAAAGAAAUCUGAAUUAAUCAAUUUACAAAGUGAAUUAAAAAAUCAAAAAGCAAUCAUUGAAAAAGAAAGAGAAUCAACUCAAAUUAAAAUUGAUCAUUUAAUUAAAGAAUUAGAUAUUGUUAGAACUUCAAUCGCUAAAUUAAAAUCAAAUCAUGAAAAAGAAAAAAGAGAAAUAUUUAAAAGUUUUUCAACUUUAGUUGAUUCAAUUCAUACAUAUCAUUUACAAUUAUUUAAUUUAAUGGAAAAUAAUAAUUUAAUUGAUUAUCAUCAACAACAACAACAACAACAACAACAACAACAACAACAACAACAACAGCAGCAACAAGAUCAUAAUUAA